GGAAACAGAGAGAUUCGCCAAGAAAAAGAAGAAGCGAGAGGAGAGAAAAGCGAAACCCUAAACCCCCGUAUUCCCAGACCUUCGAUCCGAUCCGACCCGAACCGACCGGCGGCGAUGGCGUCUGCGCCGGUGGAGAAGCUCAAGAGCCUGUGGAACUCCCAGGUCAUGGACGAGGAGCAGUGGGCGGUCAACUAUAGAGUGCUAAAGGCUGCGGGGAUAUUUACUGGAUCCAUCUUUUUGAUGCGCACCUUUGGUGACAUGAUGGUAGUUUAAGGGAGUCGUAGUGGCUGAGCAGGGUAAUGGUGGUUCCAUGCCCAUUUUCGUUGUGUGCCUUAUGAUCAGGCUUGUGGAAUAUUUGUACUCAGACUUGUGGGUUUCUUGUUAAGGUGGUGUUUGAAGCAUUUCUCGGCAGGGUUAUUUGACUUGUUCUUUUUGAGUCGAGCACUUGUCUUCUAUGAGUAAUAAGUAAAAUGUCCAGUUUGCUGUUA